CGGCAGCCAUAUUUAUUAAGGGAAGGGGACCCGAGGACGCUGACAACUUUUCCUUUCGUCAACCGAUGCUUGCAACACCCGAAGUGAGCCCUGAAUUAUGGCGGCUUCUGCGCCCGUGCCGCACGCGACUGGCUUUCCAGCUGAGGGUCGAUGCGGUUACUAUGUGGAAAAGAAGAAGCGGUUCUGCAGGAUGGUGGUGGCAGCAGGGAGAAGGUUCUGUGGUGAACACGCUGGAGCCGCGGAGGAAGAAAAUGCUCGGAAAAGAAUCCUGUGUCCUUUAGAUCCAAAACACACAGUAUAUGAAGAUCAACUAGCAAAGCAUUUGAAAAAAUGUAACUCAAGAGAGAAGCCAAAACCUGACUUCUUUAUUCAAGAUAUUAAUGCAGGCUUAAAAGACGAAACAGAAAUACCUGAACAAUUGGUUCCAAUUUCUUCUCUCUCUGAAGAGCAGUUGGAAAACUUAAUUAAGAAAUUGAAAAAAGCAAGUGAAGGUUUGAACUCUACACUUAAAGAUCAAAUUAUGUCCCAUCCAGCAUUGCAUGAUGCCCUUAAUGACCCUAAAAAUGGUGAUUCUGCAACCAAACACCUGAAACAGCAGGCUUCUAUUUUAGGUAACAUUGAAAAAUUAAAGUUACUUGGUCCAAGAAGAUGCUUUGUUGAGUUUGGAGCAGGAAAGGGAAAAUUAUCUCAUUGGGUUGAUAUUGCCUUAAAAGAUGCUGAAAAAGUUCACUUCAUCCUAGUAGAAAAGGUGACCACAAGAUUCAAGGUGGAUGGCAAACACAGAAAGAAAAAUUCAGUGUUUGAAAGACUUCAAAUUGAUAUUCAACACUUGUGUUUAAACAAGAUUCCUUUGCUAAGCAAAGAAAAACUGCCUGUGGUAGGAAUUGGAAAGCAUCUGUGUGGUGUGGCAACAGAUCUUGCAUUACGAUGUUUGGUUGAAACCUAUGCUGCCAGUUGUGAGGAAAGGAAUGAAGAGCCUUUAGCCAAACGCAUAAAGAAUGAUAAAACAGAAAAAGAAAUUAACACUUUGGCCAAGGAAGGAAAUGAAAAAAAUGUCCCAGAGAAGUGGACCCCUGUGGCUGGCAUUGUUAUUGCACUCUGUUGUCACCACAGGUGUGAUUGGAGACAUUAUGUGGGCAAAGAAUAUUUCAAGGCUCUAGGCCUUGGAGCAGUGGAAUUCCACUAUUUCCAGCGACUGAGUAGUUGGGCAACUUGUGGAAUGCGGAAAACAUCUUUGGAAGCCUCAAAUAUUACCACAAUGAGAAAAGAUAAUCAGAAUGAUAAUAGUGAAGAGCAUGAUGAUGGGGGAUACAGAAUCACAGAUGACAGCGCUGAGAGUUUGUCUGGGUUUCUUACUGUUGAAGAAAAGAAGAAAAUAGGGCAUCUUUGUAAAUUGCUGAUUGACCAAGGCCGAAUUCAGUAUUUACAGCAGAAGGGAUUCAGUCCUGCUCUACAGUACUAUACAGACCCUCUGGUGUCUUUGGAAAAUGUAUUGUUAACUGCUUUACCAAAACUUUCUUCAUUACCAGAAACAAGUGCUUAAUGGAAAAGAAAUUUUGAACAUCUGUCUUCCACCAAAAAAAAUAACAUUUUAAAUUGUAUUUUUAUAUUCAUGAAAAUAUAAUGUAAAUAGCAGAUAAUAUGAACUUUAAAAAAGGUUGUGACCUCAUUGAACUUUGGUAAUAGGUUUUUUACUUUAGAAAUUCAAACAUUAGAGAAUUCACCAAAUUCCCAAAGGAAUCCUCUUCAGCAGGGUCUUGUAUUAUCCAUCUGUAUUUAUAGAGUUUGGUAAAGUAGUUGAACAGUUGACUUGGUUAUCUGAAACACACAUAACACAUCAACAUGUGACUAGCACAUUAACUUUCUAUUUGCAUUAAUUUUGGAAAUUUAUUUUCCUUUGGUUGUAUUUAAUACUUUUUAUUUCCCAAAUUCAAGAUGUAAUGAACAGUUGUCCAUUUGUAACAAGGGCCAAUCUGAGAAUUUGGCUUGUGUGUGGAUGUUUCUUCCAUGCAGAUCUGGAAAGGAUAGUCAAUUAUGAUUUUUUUUCUAAUGCAAACAAAUUCAGAGAUGUUCACAAUUAAUGAAUCACCUUCAGAUUUCCAGAGCCCUACCUGUAUUUAUAUAUUAUCAGAAUUUGUCCAUGAAAAACACCAAAACUAAAGAGAUGUUUUUAAGGAAAAAAACUAUUUCACUUCAUUUUUUUAACUGGAUAAUUAUCUAAUUAGAAGUUCCAAAAAGAUAUUUAUAAGCCUGAUUCACAAAUUAAAUUGAAAUCUGCAGAUAGCUUCUGAAGUUAAUUAGGUAUCUCAUAUAUUUUAACAAGCCAUAUUUACAUGUAUAAAUACAAAUAUAAGUAUAUUCUCUUCUGUUUGGGAAAAUAAUUUGGAAUAAAGUGGCAUUUAGAUAAUGAAACCAAAAACCUUCUCACAUUUAGGCCUCAUUUAGUUCAUACGCAGUUUCUAUGCACAAGCAGAUAUUAAACCAAACAUAUGGUAGGACUGUUAUUCUUUUCCACAUCUUAUCCUUGAUUUGUUUCUGCCUUUAUUUGUAAAAAUUGUCUUAGUCAUUGGUACAUUUGCCAAGACCAAGAUCUAGAAUUAUUAAUUUUAGAUAUUAUAAUGAUAUUCUUAGGUAACUAUUUUUAUCCUGUAAUUCUAUGAUUGUAUGAAUUAUAAAUUAGAAACCUAGCCUAUUUUUAAUUCCUGAUCUUUUGACUAGUUUAAUCUCAGAUGUUUUAUGAGAUUGCCUAGGUUCAAAUCCCAACCCUACCGCUUCUCAGCUAUAUACCUUUGGGCAAGCUAUUUAAUCUCUUUGUGCCUCAAUUUCCUCCUCUUAAAAUGGGGAUGAUGAUGAUGAUACCUACCUCACAAGGUUGUUGUGAACAUCAAAUGAGAUAACAUGUAAAAUGCUUAGAACAGUUCCAAGCACAGAAAAAGUACUCAAUAAAUAUUAACUGUUAUUAAUGGUAGUAAUUCAUGAACAUUUUAAUAAAAUAAUGGGCAGACUUGGUCUUAUUAUCUCUUUAAGUUGUAAUUUUCUUUCUCUUGUUUUAAGUUUUAUGUCGAAUAUUAUUAAAGUAAGGUAAUUUGACUGUUUUUUAAGUUAAUUACUCAUGUCCCUCAAUCAAGAGAACAUAAAUGAAGAUAAUACGUCAUUUAAUAAUUAACCUGAUUUUACUGGGUCAGGCAAUGGUAAUUUGCGUCAUAUAAUCUGUUUUGCAUCAUUCAACUAUUUAUGCCCAGAAAUAAAAGAUAUUCUGCAACAGGCA